CCUUGGACCAAAAAGCCUCCCCAGCACCUGUCCCCGGCCGGGACGGGUCUGACGUCGCGCCCGCUGGAAACCUUGGAAGCAGACCUCAGUUCCCCCAAAAUUAUAAAAGCUGGAAAACUCAAGACAAAGAAAUCCAACAAGGCUAGCGAUUUCAGCGAUAUGGCGAAUUGGCCAACACCAAGUGAAUUAGUGAACACUGGAUGUCAAAGUGUCAUCAGCCAAGGAAAUAAGAAGUCGCAAAACAGAAAAGAAAAAGAAGAGAAGUUUGAAAAGAGAAGUAACAGUGAGAGCAAAGAAAACCGGGAAAGAAAAUUAGAUGGUCCUGGCGAAAAUGUCAGUGAGGAUGAGGCUCAGUCAAGUAAUCAACGUAAGAGAGCUAAUAAGCACAAGUGGGUACCACUCCACUUAGACGAUGUAAGACCAGAUAGUCAGGAAAGACCUGGAUCCCGGAACAACUCAAGAUGUCAACCUGAAGCAAAUAAAUCAGCACAUAACAACAGGAGAAAUGAUACACGAAGUUGGAGGCGAGAUAGAGAAAAGAGAGAUGAUCAGGAUGAAAUUUCCAGUGUGAGAAGUGAGGGUGGUAACAUUCGAGGUUCCUUUAGAGGCCGAGGAAGAGGCCGAGGACGGGGAAGAGGACGAGGCAGAGGAAAUCCUCGAUUGAACUUUGAUUAUUCAUAUGAUUAUCAAGAACAUGGUGAGAGGACUGAUCAGCCAUUUCAGACAGAACUUAAUACCAGUAUGAUGUAUUACUAUGAUGAUGGUACAGGUGUACAGGUGUAUCCUGUGGAAGAAGCAUUGCUUAAAGAGUAUAUUAAACGUCAAAUUGAAUAUUACUUCAGUAUAGAAAAUUUGGAACGGGACUUCUUUCUUCGGAGAAAGAUGGAUGAACAAGGUUUCUUGCCUGUUUCCCUGAUUGCUGGUUUUCACCGUGUUCAGGCUCUCACCACAAACCUUAAUCUCAUCUUAGAGGCACUGAAGGAUAGCACAGAAGUAGAAAUUGUGGAUGAGAAAAUGAGAAAAAAGAUAGAACCAGAAAAAUGGCCAAUUCCAGGCCCUCCUCCACGUAAUGUGCCUCAGACAGACUUCUCUCAACUGAUUGAUUGUCCAGAGUUCGUACCAGGCCAAGCCUUUUGCUCACAUACAGAAUCCGCCCCAAAUUCUCCAAGAAUUGGAAGUUCAUUGAGCCCAAAGAAAAAUACUGAAACAAUUAACCUGCAAGAAAUGACUAGACGUCUGUCUACCAGUUUGCCUGACUUGGAUUCAGAACCUUGGAUAGAAAUGAAAAAGAGACAUUGUCCAUCUGCAGUGAAAUUGAAGGAAUCAAUGUCUGUAUCUGAAGAAGCCUCAAAUCAACUGUGUCCUCCAGAAGAACAAGAAGAACUUGAUUUUUUAUUUGAUGAAGAGUUGGAACAAAUAGAACGACGAAAAAACACAUUUACUGAUUGGUCUGAUAAUGAUUCAGAUUAUGAAAUUGAUGACCAGGAUUUAAAUAAGAUUUUGAUUGUAACUCAAACACCACCACAUAUGAGAAAACAUCCUGGAGGAGAUCAAAUGGGCAACCACAUCUCUCAGGCAAAAAUUACAUCUGAACUUGCUGAAGUUAUCAAUGAUGGCUUAUGUUAUUAUGAACAGGAUCUAUGGAUGGAAGAAGAUGAAAACAAACACACAGCCAUAAAGCAAGAAGUUGAGAACUUUAAGAAGCUAAAUCUCAUUAGUAAAGAGCAGUUUGAAAACCUAACACCUGAACUUCCUUUUGAGUCAAACCAAGAAGUUCCUGUAGCACCUUCAGAGUCCAGGCAAGGACGUGUUCAAGGAAUGCUUCACAUUCCCAAGGAUGAUGUGACUGAUGAAUUAGCUCAAAAGCUGUUUGAUUUUUCAGAAAUAACUUCAGCAACAAUGGCCUGUUCAUUCCCUACUGCAGUUCCAGAAUCUCAUAAAAUUCAUCCUGCAAGAACACCCAGAAAACCUCGGACACCCAGGUUGCAAGAUCCUAACAAAACACCACGAUUUUAUCCUGUUAUUAAAGAACCAAAAGUCAUUGAUGCAAAGAGUCCACGAAAGAGAAAAACAAGGCAUAGUUCAAAUCCCCCUCUAGAGUGUCAUGUUGGUUGGGUAAUGGAUUCGAGAGAUCAUGAGCCAAGAACAUCCUCUGUCAGCGGUUCAAAUGCUUCACCUUCAGAAGGUGCAUCACUAGUAGGAAAUCAUGGAUGUACUCCUCAUUCAUUCCCAAAGUUCCAGCAUCCUUCUCAUGAACUUUUGAAGGAAAAUGGGUUUACCCAACAAGUUUACUACAAGUAUCGUCGAAGAUGCCUAAGUGAGAGAAAACACUUGGGAAUUGGUCAAUCCCAAGAAAUGAAUACCCUCUUUCGUUUCUGGUCCUUUUUCCUCAGAGAUCACUUCAAUAAAAAAAUGUAUGAAGAAUUUAGACAACUUGCUUGGGAAGAUGCAGAAGCAAAUUACAGCUUUUUAACACCAUUUCAACUUUUGGGUUUGUUUCUGCAGUAUUCAGACUGUGUGGAGUGUCAGCUGUAUGGACUAGAAAAGUUUUGGGCUUAUCUGAAAUAUUCUCAAUCUAAGACACAGUCUAUUGACCCAAAACUUCAGGAAUACCUCUGUAGUUUUAAGAGGUUAGAAGACUUCCGUGUUGAUCCCCCUAUUAGUGAGGAAUUUGGAAGAAAAAGACAUUCAUCUACUUCUGGUAAGGAGAGUAAUCGUCAUAGUCUUCCAUCUAAUUCUUCUGCAAAGACACCAAAUGCUGCUAAGCCUACACCUGCCAGUCAGCUUCAAGCCCCAAUAAAGUCUCCCAGAAGGAAUACUUCACAGGAAUUCAACAACAAUUCACACCAUAACAGUGCUGCAUCGGUCUCAACAAAUGGUGAAAUGCCUGAGAAAUAGACUCUUAACGAAAGUUGU